AUGGCCGCAGUUAGAGACUACAAGACCGCACUGGAAUUUGCCAGCAGCCUACCAAGACUGGAUGGUUUGUCUGUCCAGGAAUUGAUGGACUCCAAGACCAGAGGUGGGUUAACUUAUAACGAUUUUUUGGUUUUGCCAGGCUUGGUUGAUUUCCCAUCCUCCGAAGUUAGCCUACAAACUAAGUUGACCAAGAAUAUCACUUUGAAUACUCCAUUCGUUUCCUCUCCAAUGGACACUGUGACAGAAUCAGAAAUGGCCAUCUUUAUGGCUCUAUUGGGUGGUAUUGGUUUUAUUCACCAUAACUGUACCCCUGAAGACCAAGCUGACAUGGUUAGAAGAGUCAAGAACUAUGAAAAUGGGUUUAUUAACAACCCUAUAGUGAUUUCUCCAACAACCACCAUUGGUGAAGCCAAGAACAUGAAGGAAAAGUUCGGAUUUUCCGGUUUCCCCGUCACAGAAGAUGGUAAAAGAAACGGAAAAUUGAUGGGUAUUGUCACUUCUCGUGAUAUCCAAUUUGUUGAAGACAACUCUUUACUCGUUCAAGAUGUCAUGACAAAAAACCCUGUUACCGGCGCACAAGGUAUUACAUUGUCUGAAGGUAAUGAAAUUUUAAAGAAAAUCAAAAAGGGUAAGCUAUUGAUUGUUGAUGACAAGGGUAGCUUGGUUUCUAUGCUUUCCAGAACCGAUUUAAUGAAAAAUCAAAACUACCCAUUGGCUUCUAAAUCUGCCACCACCAAGCAAUUGCUAUGUGGUGCUGCUAUUGGUACUAUCGAUGCUGAUAAGGAAAGAUUAAGACUGCUGGUUGAAGCCGGUUUGGAUGUCGUCAUCUUGGAUUCAUCCCAAGGUAACUCUAUUUUCCAAUUGAACAUGAUCAAAUGGAUUAAAGAAACCUUCCCAGAUUUGGAAAUCAUUGCCGGUAAUGUUGCUACCAGAGAACAAGCUGCCAACUUGAUUGCUGCCGGUGCUGACGGUUUAAGAAUUGGUAUGGGUUCUGGUUCCAUUUGCAUCACUCAAGAAGUUAUGGCCUGUGGUAGACCACAAGGUACAGCCGUCUACAACGUGUGUGAAUUUGCUAACCAAUUCGGUGUUCCAUGUAUGGCUGAUGGUGGUGUUCAAAACAUUGGACACAUUACCAAGGCGUUGGCUCUUGGUUCUUCUACUGUUAUGAUGGGUGGUAUGUUGGCUGGUACUACCGAAUCACCAGGUGAAUAUUUCUAUCAAGACGGUAAAAGAUUGAAGGCAUACCGUGGUAUGGGUUCCAUUGACGCCAUGCAAAAGACCGGUACUAAAGGUAAUGCAUCUACCUCUCGUUACUUUUCCGAAUCAGACAGUGUUUUGGUUGCCCAAGGUGUUUCCGGUGCUGUCGUUGAUAAAGGUUCUAUUAAGAAAUUUAUUCCAUAUUUGUACAAUGGUUUACAACAUUCUUGUCAAGACAUUGGUCACAAGUCCCUAACUUUAUUAAAGGAAAACGUCCAAAGCGGUAAAGUUAGAUUUGAAUUCAGAACCGCUUCUGCUCAACUAGAAGGUGGUGUUCAUAAUUUACAUUCUUACGAAAAGCGUUUACAUAACUAA